GUUGAAGUCUUCACUCGGAAAAGGUUUAACUCUAAUUUUCUUCCUGCUCGAUCAAAAUGGGAACUAGGCUACAAUUUCUAAUCAGUCUUUGUCUGCUAAAGGUCCACAACUGCAGAGAAUAUGUUGAUAUGACUUAUGAACUAUUUGAAGGUUUGCCGAAAACCACUGUAACACCGGAUUUCAAGCAAGCAGUGAUUUUUGAGGGACCUUGGCUGAAAACAAAAUUUUUUGCCUCCUAUAAAUUUGAAUCUGCCGAACACAUGGGCACUCAUAUAGAUGCGCCUUUCCACUUCAAUAGGAACGCUUCCUACGUCAACGAGAUCCCGUUCGAAAAUCUUCAUGGUCCCGGAGUCGUUCUUGAUAUCCGCGAGAGGGUCAAGAAAAUGGGACCCGGCAAGGAAGCGACGGUAAAAAUUUCCGAUGCUAAAGCUUGGGAAAAGAAAUACGGCAAGAUUCCAAAAGGAGCUAUCGUUAUAAUGAACUCUGGCUGGGGCAAACACUGGCCAGAUGUGAAUAAGUUCAUCGGACUGAAGGAUCCAGACAACCCUGAUGGAUUAGUUCCCAGUAUGCUUUCCCCGGGCUUUAGUAAAAAACUCGCCCGCUGGCUCCUAAAAGAAAGAUACAUCAUCGGUAUCGCGACUGAUACUAUUAACUGCGAUAAAGGAAGUGCUGUAAAUUAUGACGUCCAUAACAUCCUCCUUCCACAGGAAAAAUGGUGUGUGGAAAUGAUUGCAAAUGUGGAACAGAUACCCGUCAACGGGACUGAAAUAUUUGUGAUGCCGAUUAAGAUCCGUGGAGGAACCGGCGCACCCGCGAGAAUCUUUGCAAUGUGGAAUUAAACGCUGUAAAAGUCAUUUUUCUCCUUCCCUACCCCAUUUGAGCACACUCUGGCUUUUGGGAAGUGAAUCGGGACUAAAUAUUAAUAAGAUAGGUCCUAAUUUAUCUGAAGACAUGUCAAAGUUCAGUGGGAAAUCUCAUUUUAAGCUGGCGGCGG